UGGAAUAGCAGGAGCCCCAGAAGGCUUGAAGUCUUGACAGUGAUGGCAGAGAAGCGACCCCUGGGUGCGCUGGGCCCCAUGAUGUACGGCAAAUUGCCUCGGCUGGAGGCUGACUCGGGGCCUGGACGCAGCCUGCCCCCCUUUGUCGGGAACCAGGAUCCCUGCAGCUACAAGAGUGCUUACUUCUCCUGCCCCAUGGGGGCCCCCCCCAAAGCAGGAUCUGAGCGCUUAGCCUCCUGGACUUCAUAUCCACCUUUGUACCCUAAUAGCGUGACUGGAUCGCCACUACGGACAGACAACCUGCUGGCCAGCUGCUUGCUCUAUCGCCCUCCCCCGGAUAAUUCAGAGAAGGGGCAGGACCCCAGUCCCAUGGAGCUGCUCCCCUUCGGCCCCCAGCCUCCUCCUUACCCGGGCCCCCAACUCGCAGCACCCAAACCUGUCUACCGCAACCCCCUCUAUUAUGGGCUCUCUACUUGUUUGGGCGAAGGGGCAGCGAAGAGGCCACUGGAUGUUGAUUGGACACUGGUGACGGGGCCCCUACUACCCCCAACAGAUCCUACUUGUUCUCUGACCCCAACUUCUGGCAAAGGUCAGCCUCUUGAUGGCAGCUUCUUCCGGGGACUGCCUUCUGGUGCACCUGGCAAAGAGCCUUCGGUAGGUUUCUCUCCGUGCCAGGCAUUCCUGGAGAAGUACCGUACCAUCCACCACAGUGCCAGCCUUCUUACCUCCAAGUACACAGCUCCUUACCCUGCAGACCCCAAACAGGCACUGUCUGAGGGGCCCCCAAGUCCUUGGACACAGCUACCCCCACCUUUGGGGCCAACUUGUCAGGAUGCAGUGGCUGCCCACUACCCACUGCCCCACCCUGCACAGGCCCUCCCUUACCCCCCAGCUUGCCGCCACCCCGACAAGCAGAGUGGAUAUGGCCCUGUACUCCCCCUGCAGCCUCUGGGAACCCACAAGGGGCCCGGGUACCAGGCAGGGGCAUUGAGCAACCCCUACUUGAGGCCGCAGGCAGCCCAGAACCCCUAUGUAACCCCACUGGGGCUGGAUUCAUAUUCGUACCCCUCUACCCCUCUCCCGGCCCACUCCCCAGGACUCAAGCUGGAGCCAGCCCUUGCUUCUCGGUGCUCCCUGGACUAUGCCCCCCAGACGCUGGGCUUUCCUUAUGCCCGGGAUGAGCCCCAUCUCUAUGGCACAUCCCCUGGGCUUAGGGGGACCCCACCUUCCCAGAACAAUGUGCAGGCUACGCCUCAGCCCAGUGCCUUCCAGCAAGCAGGCCCGCCUCUGCCCGCCACCCAGCCUUGCCAGGAAUCCAUGAAGCCCAAAGAGAAGCCACGCCCUGUGGGUGAGGAGGAGCCCUGGCUGCCCAGCUGUGGGAGAGAGCCACGCCCAGCCCCAUCCAAUGAACACCCUGGCGCACCCAUUGUCAUCAGGGACAGCCCUCUCCCCACCACUCCACCAGCACUUCUGCCCUGUGCUCAGGCUCAGGCGCGCCAGCCCCCACCGCCUACUGAGGGGACACUGCCUCCCAGCUCGCCACCCAUGCCCAUCAUCGACAAUGUCUUCAGCCUUGCUCCCUACCGAGACUACCUGGAUGUGCAGCCCCGGGAGGCACCUUCGAAGCCCAGCACUGAGCCCAGGAUUGAGCCUAGCACUGAGCCCAGCACUGAGCCCAGCCAGAGCCUUGACGGGCACUGUGGGGAGACCCUGGCUGGUGCAGAGACCAAGAUCCCUGCGCGGCCGCCUUGCUCGCUGAGGGAGGAAGUGGCCCUGGACUUGAGUGUGAAGAAACCCCUCAUAGAAGCACCUCUUUUCAAGACUCCAAGUCCUGGGGUGCAUGUCAAGGCCUUGGAAGCCAUAAGUGAGCCCAGCAUGGACAGUAUGAUGGUGUCAGACUUGCCCGAAUUGAAAAAAAUUAGCACGGAGGCUCCUGGGAUGCCAGGGGCCCCAGAGGCGGGCCCCAGGACCAACUUCCACAGCUCUGUGGCCUUCAUGUUUCGGAAAUUCAAGAUUCUUCGACCAGUGCCCUCGCCUGGAGACACAGCGCCAGCAGCCCCUUCUGGGCCUACCCAAACUGCCCCAACCACCCAGCCGGCCCCAGCCCCUACAGCAGCGGCCCUUGGGCUGCCCGUUCUCACUCAGCCCUUGCCCAUGACUUGCUUCAACUUGGCUGUGCCCAGCAAUCCUGCCUUCAACAUGGCUGUGCCCAGCAAUCCUGCCCCCGCAGUUGCCUCGCCCACCCCUGCAUCUGCUCCACUCAUCUUGCCCAGCCUGGCUCCAUCGUCUUCCACGCUGCCUCCCUCUAAGGACUCCCUUGAGCAGCGUUUCACCGGACUGCACACCUCCUUGUGCGAUGCCAUCUCGGGCUCCGUAGCCCAUUCUCCGCCUGAGAAGUUGAGGGAGUGGCUGGAGACAACAGGACCCUGGGGCCAGGCAGCGUGGCAGGAAGGCCAGGGCGUGCAGGGACUGCUGGGCAAACUGCUUUCGCAGCUGCAGAGCUUUCUGUGCACCAAGCAAUGCCCGUUCCCGCAUGUGGUGCGUGCUGGUGCCAUCUUCGUGCCCAUCCACCUGGUGAAGGAGCGCCUGUUCCCACGCCUGCCGCCUGCCUCUGUGGACCAUGUACUGCAGGAACACCGCGUGGAGCUGCGGCCCACGACACUCUCAGAGGAGCGUGCGCUGCGGGAGCACGCCCUGCGUGGCUGCACCUUGCGCAUGCUUAAGCUGCUGGCACUGCGCCAGCUGCCUGACAUCUACCCCGACCUGCUGGGCCUGCAGUGGCGAGACUGUGUGCGCCGCCAGCUUGGUGACAUUGACCCUGAGACUGAGUCUGUGACUCCGUCAGAGCCCAAUCUGACCAGAGAAGAACCAGAGAGCUUUGCCUCUUGGAAGUCAUCUGCCUCCAAGGCCAAGAAACCAGGAAGGAAGCCACCACCUGUGGGCCCCGAAAAAGCUGAGGGGGCUUCCCGAGGCACCUCCCCACCCCCCGUUACCAGUCUGCCUGCCCCUACAUUGAAGGCCCGCUUCCGUAGCCUGCUGGAAACUGCCUGGCUCAAUGGCCUGGCACUGCCCACAUGGGGCCACAAGACUAAUGUGCCGGAUCGGACUACAUCCCGUGCUCCACUGCUGGGUGGCCAGAGUCAUCCCCUGUAACCCUGAUUGGUGGCACUGUUGGGUAGCUGACUGUUGGGGUCACUCUAUUCCACCCCCGCCUGUCCCCACAGUGGAUCUAAGAACCCUGGAGCCUUGUGACCGAUUGGACGUUGGUGACCCAGGACUCCGUCCUAUCUCUUAGAGCAGCACAUGUGGGGCCUCAGAGCACUUGGAUAUGGAUGCUGACUCCUGGGUCCCUCUUGUAUCACUGGGGCCACCUACAGGCCCCUUUGUAAGAUAAAGACAGCACAGCCUACCUCAUGGAUUUGGUGAUGCCUGACAAUCUCCACUAUGGUUUGUUCCCCACACCUGCCCCA